ACACUGGACAUGGUGACUUCACUUUGCUCGUCUCUUGGACUAUGUGUGAUGAGGCUGGAUGGCAAGACUCCGGUCGCAGAUAGGCAAACCCUGAUCACAAAGUUCAAUUCCGAAAAGAAUUCCGAUAACGUCUUUUUGCUCAGCACAAAAGCCGGUGGCAUUGGUCUUAAUCUCAUUGGGGCAUCUCGGUUGAUUCUGUUCGAUUCGGAUUGGAAUCCGGCCUCUGAUCUUCAGGCGAUGGCUAGAAUUUGGAGAGAUGGACAGACGAAGCCGUGUCACAUUUACAGGCUGAUUACUGCGGGCACAGUCGAAGAAAAAAUUCUUCAUCGUCAGAUAAAAAAAACUGGCUUGAAUUCCUUGAUCAAUUUCUCUGAUGAACCUUACAACACAACUUUUUUGGAUGAUGAACUUAAGGACAUAUUCACACUAAGCGAAGUUGAGUGCGAAACACAUGAAAUGGCAGGGUGUUCUUGUGAUGGGUGUGGAUUGCUCCCAGACGAAGUUGAUGAUGAACCAGAAGUGUCCGAUGAUGAAGAGCAAUCCCUCAUUACUUCUGAUGACAGUGCAUGCAUUGGAGAAGGCCCAUCGGAAAACCCAGCGGCUACCGAUCAGGAGCUCUCAUCGAACCAACGGGAUGAGGUUGUGCAAUCAUACUGA